GCCGCGGGGCGUGGCCGGCGGACGCCAUCGCGUAGCUACGGGCUGGCGGCGACGGCGGCGGCGGCCUGGUAGGGCUGUUGCGGCGUCUCGAGGCCCGCCGCUCGCCCACUGCGAGCCCGCCUUGUUCCGCGCCCGUCCCCUGCGGCGGCGCGCGCGACCAGCUGGGCGGGGCGGCUCCGAGGAUGAGGAGGCCACGGCGCGCCGGGACGAUGCUCCGGAGCUGAAGAGACACUCGCACACCGCGCGGCGGCCGAGGACAGCGCCGACCCGCGGGAUGGCUCAGCCGCCGGGCCCGGCGGGUAGCACGGAGCAGCCAGCACAGCCGACGGGCGCCGAGGGGCCGCCAGACCCCGGAGCUGCAGGGGGCCCCCAGGACGCGCUGAGCCUGGAGGAGAUACUGCGGCUCUACAACCAGCCCAUCAACGAGGAGCAGGCGUGGGCCGUAUGCUACCAGUGCUGCGGCUCCCUGCGCGCGGCGGCCGCCGGCCGCUGCCAGCCUCGCCGCCGCUUGCGUUCGGCGGCGCAGAUCCGCGUCUGGAGGGACGGCGCCGUCACCCUGGCGCCCAACGAGGCCGGAGAGCCGCCACCAGCCGCAGGUAAAUUGGGAUAUUCACGUACAGAAACAGAGGUUAUUGAAUCUUUGGGAAUUAUUAUUUAUAAGGCACUGGACUAUGGUUUGAAGGAGAAUGAAGAAAGAGAAUUAAGCCCUCCCCUGGAGCAGCUCAUUGAUCACAUGGCCAACACAGUGGAAGCCAAUGGUAGCAAUGAUGAGGGCUAUGAGGCUGCAGAUGAAGGCCUAGAUGAUGAAGAAGAUGAAAAGAGAAAACUCGCAGCUGUCCCAUCCUAUACAGACGUCAUGAAGUUAUGUGCUGCUCAUCUCCCAACUGAAUCAGAGGCACCAAAUCAUUAUCAGGCAGUAUGUCGUGCACUGUUUGCAGAAACAAUGGAGCUGCAUACAUUUCUGACUAAAAUUAAGAGUGCAAAGGAGAAUCUUAAGAAGAUUCAAGAAAUGGAAAAGAAUGAUGAAUCUAACACAGACCUGGAGGAGCUGAAAAAUGCUGACUGGGCUAGAUUCUGGGUACAGGUGAUGAGAGAUUUGCGAAAUGGAGUAAAACUUAAAAAGGUCCAAGAGCGGCAGUACAACCCUUUGCCCAUUGAAUAUCAGCUCACCCCUUAUGAGAUGCUAAUGGAUGACAUCCGAUCUAAACGAUAUACUUUGCGGAAAGUGAUGGUGAAUGGUGAUAUUCCCCCUCGGUUAAAAAAAAGUGCACAUGAAAUCAUCCUGGACUUCAUUAGAUCAAGACCUCCUUUAAAUCCAGCCUCAGCCAGAAAACUGAAACCCACUCCACCACGGCCACGGAGCCUUCAUGAAAGAAUAUUAGAAGAAAUCAAAGCAGAAAGAAAACUGCGGCCUGUCUCACCAGAGGAAAUUAGACGUAGCAGAUUAGCAAUGCGGCCACUUAGCAUGUCUUACAGUUUUGACUUGUCAGAUGUAUCUGCCCCUGACUCUCCAAAGAACAUUGUGGAAUCAUCAAUGGUGAAUGGAGGUUUAACAUCACAAACAAAAGAAAAUGUGGUAAGUGCCGCACAGCAGGUGCCUGUGCAGCGGAAGAAGCUCCUCAAAGCUCCUACUCUGGCUGAACUGGACAGUUCUGACUCUGAGGAAGAAACCCUGCACAAGUCAGCCAGCAGCAGCAGUGUGUCUCCCUCCUUCCUUGAAGAUCCUUUAUUGGAGGCUGUGUCUGCAAAAAAGAAGCCUCCAAAAUUCCUGCCCAUAUCAUCAACACCCCAGCCAGAAAGACGGCAGCCACCCCAGAGACGGCAUUCCAUUGAAAAGGAAACACCUACUAAUGUGAGACAGUUUCUGCCACCAUCCAAACAGAGCUCCCGAUCUCUUGAGGAAUUCUGCUACCCAGUGGAAUGCCUAGCUCUUACUGUGGAAGAAGUGAUGCAUAUUCGUCAAGUCCUGGUGAAGGCAGAGCUGGAAAAAUACCAACAAUAUAAAGAUGUCUACACUGCUCUGAAAAAAGGAAAGCUCUGCUUUUGUUGCCGAACCAGGAGAUUUUCCUUCUUCACCUGGUCUUAUACCUGUCAGUUCUGUAAGAGGCCGGUGUGCUCACAGUGUUGCAAUAAGAUGCGGCUGCCCUCCAAGCCAUACUCCACUCUUCCUAUCUUUUCAUUGGGACCUUCUGCCUUGCAAAGAGAAGAAAGUUCCAUGACGCCAGAAAAACCACCCAGUAGCCACCAUCGGCCACUUCGGGGCAUUGCCAGGUUCUCCUCAAAAUCUAAGUGUGUGGACAAAUCCAGUGAAGAACUACAACUUCCAAAAGAGUUAAUGGAGGACUGGAGUACUAUGGAGGUGUGUGUAGACUGCAAAAAGUUUAUUUCAGAAAUCAUCAGUUCAAGCCAGCACAGCCUGUUGUUGGCCAACAAGAGAGCCCGAUUAAAAAAGAAAACACAGUCUUUCUAUAUGUCCUCUCCAGGUCCCUCGGAAUACUGCCCUUCGGAGAGGACUAUCAAUGAAAUAUGAGCCCCGUGCCUUUCAGUUGUUUUUGUGUUCAGAGUCAGCAUUAGCACGGGAGAACACUGAGCUGGACUGUCUUUCCUGGCUGUGGUGUUAGUUAACAGGCUUGAAUUUGCAUUAGAUCAGGUUUUUGCUGCAUCGCAUUGUUCCAUAGACUGAAUGCUAUGUUCGUACCAAUUGGUGAUAUGUGACAGGUCAGCCGAUUGCUCAUUUACACUGAGAGAGAACAAUAGUUUGAAACUUGGCUUUUGUGUGUGUGUGGUAUAUGGAGGCCAGAAACUUUGUCCUUAGUUCAGUUCCUUACUGUUUCCCAAAUAAUUUUCUGACUAAGGCAAAAGCUUCUCAUGUGAGAAUCAGCCUAACAAAGGUGUUGAUGUUAGCACAGUUGUAAGCAGUAAGUCAUAUUGGCACUUCCACCUGACAGUGUCCCUGUAACGUAAAUAGUGAUCCAGAGCCUAGCCACACACCAGAUACCUGGAUUUGGGGCCAGGUGUUUGUCAUCAUCUCACAGCACAAAACCUAAAAGGAUUUUCUCAUACUAUCACACUGAUUUUAAAUUACUGUUGCUCUGAGAUGAAAACUACAGGAGGGACUUUAUGCCUACAUUCUAGUGCAAAACAUCUGAAUAAGCUGUACAGCCAGCCAAGUGGGUGGCCGUUUCCUCUGAGCUGCUAUCUUUGCCCCAGUGCAAUGGAUCAGUGUCUCCUGAGCAGGACACAGGUUUUCAUUUCCUAUUUUGAAUGUGUUAUGGUUACUUGUAGUUUUAUAAUGAAGGUCUAAGAAUUAAAGUUUUGUGGGAGUUUCAGGACAAAGACAGGCCAAAGUUUGUUAAGAAGUUGAGUGUAUUUUGAUUAACAAGGAGGGGGUUGUGACAACAUGGGGGGCCAGCUGUUGGCCACACUGUGGGAGAUGAGCUUGAACUCAUACAUUUUCAGUACAUUUUUCAUAACUUUAUGGUCUUGCCAUCACAACUAAAUUAAGCCACAAUUUGGUACCUUAGGUCUCAAACUGAAAUUUAUUUUUAUAAAUGAAUUUUAAAAGAGGAAACAUUCUCUAGUUCUCUUAAAAUAAGAAGAAAAUUAAUCUGAUGGGCUUUUUGGAUGCUUUUUGCACAAGUUUUCCUUGUGAAUGACUCACGUGAGUAGG